AUGUCGGGGGCACAUACUUCUUCUACUACUAUCGGGCACGCCAGGCCAGUGCCAAAAUGCAAACAAGUCCACUUCGCGGUUUCCAACCAGCUGGGUCUCUCAUGUGUUUCGCCAUCAGUCCGAUUGGAUGUUUAUGAGUGUAAGUCGAGCGUCCAAUGCCUCCAAGAGCAUUCGGAGCCGCAGUGCAUGCAUGUGGUAACUUAUGAUCGAUCGGCAAAGCCUCACGGCAGGGCCCAUACUUCCAGCGACGAUGCUGCCUCACGCAAGAUGCAAGAGUUCCCCAACAGAAAGGGCGAAAUUCCCACAUGCUUAUAUGGAGAUGCCAGAGAUCCAUAUUCUGCCGCACGAGGCUCGGAGGACGCGGUGAUUUAUCCUAAAUGGCCCUACCCUGUGUUUCUCCACACAAAUCGUUUAGAUGUGAAAGGAUCCUUCGCCCGGGUUUCCCGUAAAGAAGGAAGACCCCUCCAGCCCUCCUUCCCGGGCCACAAAUUACAGAUGCGGCGGCAACGACGGCGGGACGGCGUUUUGCCCAAGCCUUCCCCCGCGGGUGUCGGGUAUGCCAAGACUACUUCCAUUCGUCCAUCCUAUGAGACGGCGGGAGGUGGACUGACCCGGAUGAGCAAGGAAAGUACUGUACUGCGUAAGAACAACGGAGCAGGGGGGGUAAAUGUGAGGACGGGCAAGGGACCCGGCCUUCUGGAAUGGCAGCACGCAGCACGACUAAAACAGCGCAUCACAAGCACGGGCGCGCACUUGCCCCUGUGUAUCGAUACUUCACUGAGGUACUUCGACUGGUGGACAUGGGAUAUCCGGGUGCCCACGGGGAGGCCAUCAUGCCACGUUUGGUGCUGGACAAAAUUUGCUAGCUGGAACGUGAAUCUCUUCGAUUCGAUCAUGUUCACAGAGUCGACAGGAACCAGUAUUUUUGUAUCCUCUUUGGAGGAAAGGGCUCUUGAUAUGAGGCAAGCCACUUUUCCAGAAGACAGCGCCAGGCGUCAGGUACACAAAAACAUGAUGCAGAGGAUGGCAUCCGACUACAAGCAAUCCAUGGGCGUCUCUUUUCCUCUCUUGAACCUGCGCAAGCACGAGCGGGACUUCCGUUUAACCCCUCCAACCACACACGCACACCACCACUCGCUACACCAGCAAUUUCUAUCAAUGGUUUUCUUCUGCCUGCAGGGUGCUAAUGGAGGUUACUUGGUUCCCCCAACUGGCGGCGGCCUCGACGGCGGCCAUGAUAGCUCCGAUGCAACUCUAUCAUCACAGUGGGUUCGGGAGCAUUUUUUCUCUUCCGAAGGACAAUCGGCAACAAGCGCUAGUGCGCAGCCUGAGAGAUUACCCACAAUCUGCAAGGAGAAAGAAGACAGUUACAAAUUGCGGCUGCAGGCACCCCGAAAUGCCUACGAGGAACAGCGGGGCCUGCGGAGCCCUGGGACCCACAACAUCAUUGCCUUUGAGAGGACCUGGGUUGAUAUGGUCGUUGCAAGGUCGUCAAGAAGUCGCGGGAGCCAAGCCAAAGGACACAAUCAUCAAUAUGUCAUCGUUGGGGUCGUGGCCAAUCACGGAGGCCGGAACACCACGGCACUCAAGGAUCGCGCGCCGUGA